AAAUUGUUUAUUCUAACUAGUCAAACCCAUGUGUGAUUUCAUGUAUCCGCUCAUAUAAUGCGCAAGUAAGUGCAUUAGUCGUCUCAGAAAGCGAGGGUAACUGACAUUUCUCCUAAAGGAGCGCAGCGAUCCCACAUACUGCUGUUUGUGAUGAACUGCUAAAGGAAAGACCGUUUGCGCAUUGUUUUAGCCAAUGCAGAGAAAAUGUACCGCUGAGAUGAUGUGUGUAGAAGAGCAAUGGAACUUAACAUGAAUCUUUGAAUUUUAAUUAGCCAGUUUUCAUUUGAAAUACUCAAGGCAUGGAAGCAUAUUGAGUUGAAGUUUAAAAGGAUUGGCGCGUUUCAAGACCUUCUGCAUAAAGACGAGAAAGAAUUUUCUACUAACACACAAUAACACUGCUGAACUAAAGAACCAUCAUGAAGAGCAUAGCUGGUGCAAUGUUACCAAAAUGGAUCUUCAUAAUUAUGCUGCUUAACAUCGCAUAUGGGAUUUUACGACCACGAAAUCCAUUUCAGCGGACAAGUCACUUGUCUGUAUGCAUGAAAUUCCCAGCUUACCUAAGAAGAAAUACGCAAUUAUGCGAGAGCGUGAAAGAAACCAUGCUUGGCCUGGUUCUUUUGAAUGGAACUAGAAUGGCCAUUUUGGAGUGCCAGAAGCAGUUUAGAUCAAGACGAUGGAACUGCUCGCAUGACACAAGAUCCAUUGAAGCAAUCGUCUCAUACGGGUACAAAGAAGUGGCCUACCUUUUUGCAAUACAGUCUGCUGGAGUGGCGCACGCUAUAACAACAGGCUGCCAUAUGGGAAUGUUUGCAAAUUGUCAAUGUAAAUCUAAAAAGAAAAGAAGACAACGAAAAUUAGCUAAGCACGAGAAAAGAAACCUUCACUACAAAGGAAACAUUUACGAUUGGUCAGACCAUUGCCUUGAGCGAGCAAUCAGUUAUGGAAAGGGAAUGUCAAGGAAAGUGAUGCGGAAUGACAAGGUGCGGGACGUGCGCGGGUUGGUGGACAGACAUAACAAAGAAGCUGGAAGACUGGCGCUGACAUCAAUGGAAUUGGGACAUCAAUCACAAUGCAAGUGCCAUGGAAUUUCAGGUGCUUGUCACUUGAAAACCUGCGUUCGCAAGCUACCUGACUUUAGAGACAUUGGUCGCUUUCUUCUCCAGAAGUAUGAUUCCGCAGUUAAAGUGAUGAUAGACAACAAAGGAACCAAGUUGCUUCCCAAGGAGAAGUCCUUUGAGCACCACACUUCUACUGAUUUGGUUUACACAGAUGAUUCGCCAGACUUUUGUAAAGCAAACGUAAAGACUGGGUCAAUGGGCACGUCUGGUAGGCGAUGUGUGCCUGGUGAUGGAAAGCUGAACAGUUGCUCUAUUUUAUGCUGUGAUAAAGGAGAAGAGAAAAGUUUUGUGAUUUUGGAGGAGCACUGUAAUUGCACAUUUCAAUACUGUUGUGAUGUGCAUUGUGAAAUUUGUAGAAAAAAUGUUACGUCUUACACUUGCAAAUAGCCAAAAAACCGGAAAAGGAAUGCUGUGCUCUUACGCUCAGUAUCAAGGCUGAGAAAGCCUCAAAGAAUUUUAAUGCCUCGAAGACAAAUUGAGCUGCGUAAGGCACAGAAAGAUCAAGGUUACUGUUUCGAACGUACUCAUAAUACCAGCAAAGAUUUGAUAUGCGUAAUAUGAAGCUAAUUCUCUGUUAGUGUUUCGAAUAUCUUAAAAAUAUCUUGUUGUAGAUCUAAAAAAUUAGGCCAAACGAUUGUGUUAUCGAAUGAUAGUGAUUCCGUAAACAAAUAACAGGUGUGUUAUAAAUGCCGUUUCGAAUUUAUCGAAACACAUUAAAGAUGUUUUUGGAGUGGUGUGUACACGUGUUCAAGAGCUUGUUACCUCAGAUCGCUAGACAUAAUUGAUGGCAACACAAUUUCUAGUCCGUCUAUUUAAACAAUUUCAGUGUUAAAGAUAUAAUAUUCUUGCUGUCGCAUAUUUAUUGAAAAGACGUUUGCUUCAGAAAUAGCUGAUGAUUUUGAUGUUACAACGGCGCAGCAUUAUAGAUUGUGGUUUAUCAUACGUUCAAGAAUAUUAGUUACUAAAGUCAGCAAUUAAACUAUUUCCAACCAAUUUGACCAGCAAUUUCAUUUUAAUAGUCAACGCAAGGAAUAUUAAAAGCAGCCAAAUGAAGUUUCUGACAAGGUAUAGUUAAUGAAAUUAGAAAGAAAAAUGACGAGAAACAAGAAACAAGUAAAGACAAAGUAACAAGUAAAAGAAGGAAGGAACAAUAAAGGAUGUUUUGAAGAAGUUUGAAGAGCACAGAAAGGAUAGUUUUGUAGAUGAUUUGCCUGUUCUUGCAAAGUCAACGUAAGACCUUUCCAACAACGUUGAAUUAGGCUUGUAUUUUAUGAAUUGUGUCUAAGUGUGCAAAAUGUAUUUUUUAUCUGCUUCUUAGUGAUGUGUCAUUACUGAAGCGAAUCGUCCAUGUUCUGUGUAGUGUAUCUGAACUAAUAUUUGAUGCGUAUUAUUGUAAACAGGAAAGCGUAACAUAUGAUAAACAGUAGUAUUAUCAAUCUUUUUUAUAAUUCGUUUUUCGUUCGUUUAAUUGAUGUAUUUCAAUUGUGGUUUGAAUCAACAUAAAAUGUUGAUUUUUCUACUCACAUGGCAAGGAAUCGUUUAUAUUUAUGAUCCAAAAAUUUUAAUAGAAUAAAAAUAAAAACUGUUACAAUUUUAUUGAGAGUUGCUGAGAUCCAAAACUUUCAAAUGAACAGAAAAUAUUUUGAAUUUUGUAUUGUCAAAGCUUUCAAAGCAAACAAAACUAAUAAAUUUCUUGAAUACAGGUAAUCUCUCUUAAUCUUGAUUUUGCUAAAUUUCAAUUGUGACGAUAGGUAUACAGAUAAAGUAACACGUCAACUCCAUCUUUAGCUUACAUUACGAUCAAAUUAGCAAUUUGGUUUUUCUAUUGACUUUAAGUGCAAAAGCAAAUCAAAGAAUAUAAACAAAACUCUUAGGCUACUUUAAAUAAUGCCUUGCCCUUAAAGUAACUUUUUAUGUUGAGUUACCAGUAGUUUCUUACCAAUUAUUAUUUUAUGUCAGUGCUUUCAAUUUCCUCAUUACUUUAUCAGUUCUUAUAAUUGUAACGUUGGUAGAAGAUUUAUAUUUAAUAAGAGGUUUUAGUAUUUAUGAAUCAAGUAGAAAUCAGAACACGAAUUGUAAAUAGUAAUUCAGCAAAUCAAA